CACUAGUUUGCGCGACGACAGUCUUACCGUCUGUCCUACUUACAAGUACUCGCUUAUUUUCACAUUUAUUUUCAGAACAGUGCACAAAAGUAUCAUGGACAAUAGAGGCUUUGGUUCCAGUUAUUCCAGUUGGGGAGGUGGAGGAGGAGGUGGAGGUGGCAGCAGGGAUUCUGGUGGCUUUGACAUGUAUGGGGGAGGUUAUAAGAACACGAUGUCUGGGCUUGGAGGCUAUGGAGGAGGAAACCAAAUGAAGCGGGGCCUCUCAGCAGGAUCUAUGCUCUCAUCCACAGAAGCGCAUGCAGACGCAGUCAUUGCCAAGAUUAAUCAGCGUCUUGACAUGCUCUCUCAGAUGGAAGGGGGGUUUAAGGGGCUUCGGGGCGACAGGUUUGACCAGUACGAGUCUUUCGACUCGCGCAUCUCUGCUCUCUCCUCCCGAGAUCUCUACAGAUCUGGCGGUGAUAGCUAUGGUUUUGGGGAUGACCGUGGAGACAGCAUGCUGCUGAGUCAGCGAGGAGGCUCAGGCUUCGGAGGGGGAAUUGGGCUAGGGGGAGGAGGAGGCUUUGAUGGCCCUUCCUCAUCCUAUGGAGUCGCAAAAAUGCGACAGAAUAUGAGGGAGUCCUUCGUCAGUGGCCAAGGAGGAGGUUCUGGAGGUGGAGGAUGGGCUGGAGCAGGCCGACGGUCCCCCAGAAGGGGUGGAAUUGCUGGGGGCCGAGGAGCUGGAGGAGGGUUUGGAGGCCGCAGGUCUGACCCCACUCCAUUAGGUGGCGGUUUGCGGGGAAGUGGUGGCGGUGGCCAGUCUCACCGUGGCCACUCUCCAGGAGGUGGUAGAGGCAAGCUCCCAUCCCUCCUGUCCAACCGCGUGUACCCUGAGAGUGAUGGCUUCCAGGGUUCUACUCCAGGGCCUCAAGACUUUCCUGGGAGGCAUAUUGGAGGGGGCCCACGGGGUGGCCGCCAGCGAGGCCGCAAGAGACCCCUCAGCAAACAGGUAAAACCUCAGCGUGAUGUUCAGAAGAAGAGAAAAACUGAUGAACCAGAUUCAGCAACAAACAAAACAGAGGGUGAAGGCUCGGAGACUCCACAAGAGGAAAAAUCUGUGAAAAAUGGUGAAAGUAAACCAGAGACUGGAACCGAGGAUGCAAACCCUCCAGAAGCAGGAGAUGAUGCUACACCUAAGCAGGAUGAGAAGAAGCAGCAGCCUAAAGGAAAACAGACUCAGGCUCAGAGUCAGGAGAAGCAGAAAGCAAGAAAGAGAAGAGGGUUCCUGGAAAGGAUGAUGUUUGCAUGUUCUGUGUGCAAGUUCCGUUCGUUCUACAAGGAAGAUAUGGACAUUCAUCUUGAAAGCCGCUUUCACAAGGAGCACUUCAAAUUCCUGACCAGCCACCUGUCCAAGCCCACCACAGAAUUCCUGCAGGAGUAUUUGAAGAACAAAAUUAAGAAGACUGCAGAGAGGAUCGAACACAUGGAUAACCACUCUGCUGCCAUCUGUCAGGCGUACAGAGACCAAGACCUCACCAGGGAGCUCGGCAUGGAGCACUUCAUGAGGAAGGUGGAGGCGGCUCACUGUUCCGUGUGUGACCUGUUCAUUCCCAUGCAGCCACACCUGAUUCAAAAACACAUCAAGUCUCAUGACCACAACUACAACAGGAAGAGUAUAAUGGAGCAGUCUAAGUGGGGCAGUCUCUCAGUGGCUCGUAGCAUCCUCAAUCACAAACUCAUCAGCAAGAAGCUGGAGAGCUUCCUCAAGGGCGAGAACCCAUUUGAUGGUAAACAUGACGACCAAGAUCCAGAGGGCUCUGCUGCAAUGGACGUGUCAGAAGUGGAGUUAACGGGUGAAACAGCAGACAACCAGGCAACAGGCACCCAGGUCCAAGGUGAACCUGAGGGAGAUGCAGAUAAAGGGGCGCCGAAAGAAGAAGCAGCAGCACCACUGGAAACUUCAGCAGCAGUUGAGAAAGAGGAGGAGGCAGACGCAGCACCACAAGCAGCAGCCGUGGAGGAGGAGGAAGAAAAGAUGGAGGAGGAGCAUGAGCAGGAAAACCAAGGAGAUGAAGGUUUUGCUCUUGGAGAGGAAGAGGAAGAGGAUGAAGGAUAUGUUGUGCAUGAUGAGUUUGCUGAAGAUGGGUUACAGGGUGACCAGGAAGCAAACGAAGGGGAUGCUGAGUGACUUUUGUAGCUUUUUGGUUCUAUUUUGACCAGUGGGUGACCUUCCCCCUACUAUCCAUUUAAUGCUAGGAAAAUUACAUGUACAUACCUCUUCUGUCAUUUGCUAGUUGAGUUUUUGCUUCCCUUUUUUUCUUAUUAGCAAGGAUUUUACAUUUUGAGUAUAACAAUUCUUUCAUGCUAAGAAUAAAAUGGAAAAAAAAAGAAACUUGAAAAUUUACAUACAAGAACUCCAAAUUUAUGCAUGAUUGUGUACCAAAAUCUUUCUGUAGACGUCCGCGGUCUCUCUUUUUUUUUUUUUUUUUUUUUUUUGUCUUAAUUCUCAGUGAUUACCUGCUUGUGUAUUUUUUGUUAAUGAAAGCAAAAGUGUUUUUGUUUUUUUUCUCCCCCCUCUUAAGUGAAGAAGGUAAAUUGUCAUAUUUCACAAAUGUCCAUUUUUUUGUUUUGAAUAUAUUGUUCCUUUCAUGAAACCUCUUAAGUUGUUUUUAAAACCAAUUGAGAUCCUGGGUGUCAUGUUUCUCAUUUUACGCAGUUUCCUAGAUCACAGAAAAUAAAAAUUGAUGGAUGAUUAUAUUCCAAAUAUGGGGGAUAGACAAGUCGGGUUUGAGCACAGUUUAUAGGAAAUGUGGAAUAUUCUGAAUUAUUCAGAAUAUAGUUGUGAUUGUGUUGUUUCAGCGAAGAAAUAAACUUGUUAAAUCCCUU